AUGGGUGCUGUGCUCGUGGAUGUGGGUGUUGUCUUAACCGUAGGAUUGAUCCCACGCGUGGUCUUGGAGUUGGACAUUGUACUUUUGAAUGCGGAUGUUGUCGCAGAGCUCGAGGCUUUGAAGCACCGGAUCACGCGAGUCGCAAUAUGGGGGCUUUUAGGUGAUAGCUAUGACAGCCCGUUUGACAUGAUUGAUGCACCACCAAGCUAUGUUGCAAAUGUCAAGGGCUCGGCAACAAAGAAGGAUAAGACUGGCUGA